AUGCCAAGUGCAUCAGAUGAACACAUAAAAGAGUAUUGGCCAUAUUUAUGCCGAUUUAUUAGAGAAUAUUCAAAAGUUGAUGAGCAACUUUACUCGAAUAUAGCAGCUAAAGAUUUGAUUUCAUUGAUUACUGAUGAGCCUGAUGCUCACAUACUUAAAAGCACGAGUAUUAAACCAGCUGCCCCAAAGAAAUCUGAUAAAAAGAGGAAAAAUUUGUCUGGAGAUACUCCACCUCAGAAAAAACUGAUAAAAAUUGACUCGCAAAUUAACGAACACGUUGAGGAAAAAAAAAGGAUCGCUGCACAACAUAAGAAAACUGUUCAGCCGUACAUGUUGUUUGUUGGAGGGCCUGAAAAGUUCACCAGUUUUUAUGUCAUUGUAGAUGACUUUAAGUACGAGGUCGAUAAUCCUCUGAAUGCUUUAAAACUGAAUUUUGAAGUUUUCUUUUUCGGAAAUUACAAAUUUCCGGAGUCAUGUUACAACAUCUGGAUAUUCAUUCAGAAAUUUUUGUUCAAGACAUCGACUGUUGGCAACAAAUACCCGGCUAAAAUAAAAAAAAUGAACGGUUUCAUCAAAUAUGAACACUUUUUUAAUUUACCACUUUUAAGCGAUAAUAUGACAGAACAAUCAUUAUCAUUUAUUUCUGACCUAUAUAAUUAUAACGAUUUACCUCGUGCUCGCGUGCAAAAUAUCAUUGAUAGCUGUUCUAACUUCGUCAAAAAUUCACCUCUAAACACAUUUAUAACAGGAUUAAUACAACGUUUAGAAGACUUGGGUGAAAGAUCGGAAAAUUUAUAUGAUUUUCGUGAAAUUCAAGAUGUUUUGAGUAAUCCUUUCAAAGAUUUAACUAGUGAAUUUAGAAGAUUAGAAGCUUUUAAAAGUAAUGGUACGUACGUUCCUCCUCAAAAAAUAAAAAUUGGAGAAAGAGAAGACUACCGGAAUAGUGAAGGCGUCACAAAACUUGUGAAAAUUCCGGUCACGAUUGAGUACAUUUCAAUAACUGUAUCAUUGAAGAAUUUUUUGGAAUUGCCAAAUAUUUUUGAAAGUAUACUAGAUUAUAUGGGAACUUUAUCAGAUGAAUCUAGUAUACAUCAAAAUGUUUUAAAAGGUCAACUAUGGAAAGUAAAAAAAAAAUCUAUUGGUGAUAAAUUGUUGUUACCAUUGGUAUUGUAUCAUGAUGACUACGAAACUAAUAAUCCCUUAGGAAGCCAUAGAGGCCUGGCAAAAACGGGUGCAGUUUAUAUAAACAUCCCUUGCUUGCCCCCCAAUCUUCAAUCUAAUUUGGAGAAUAUUUUCGUUCCAUUACUUUUCAAUUCUCUGGAUGAAAAAGAUUUCAGUUAUCAAAUUAUUUUAAAUAAAUUGCUAGAAGAAUUAAAAGAACUUCAGACUACUGGAUUAAUAUUAUUUGAAAACACUCCAUCGGAAAAAACCAUUUUUUUUUUCAUUAUUCACUGUUGUUGGUGA